UAUCACGAGAAAAUGCUGGAAUUUGGCAGUAAGGACAAUGACAACAGCUUUUAUUAUUGGGCUAGCUUCUCCUUCAGAGUCGCCCUCUGCAUGACCUUUACAUUCGGUAUUAUUUUAUGCUUUAAAAGGUUAUUACAAAAGAGAAAUCAAGAGUAUGUCGAUAUCGCAAGGAUAAUACAGUACUGACUACUUUUAUUGCACUUCACCAUAGGCCUUGGCAUAAUAAUUACUGGGUUAAUUUUAAGAUCUGGCAUGCCUUAUGGACUAAAAUAUUUCUUUAUAUAUGAUAUUCAUUUCUUUUGAUUUGUUCUAAUGAAUCAGAUCUAUUGGGUCAUCUUGUUGAACCAUCUGAAAAAUUUUAGAGAAGUAAACCAGGAAGAUUUUGAAAUUUAUGAGUAUAAGAAAUAAAAAUCUUGGAUUUGAGGUCAGCUGGGGUAUUGCUGUGACAAGCUUUUACUCUUUUAUCUUAGCAAUUCUAAUUUUUGUGAUUUUUGGAGAAGUCUUUGGUUGUGAAGAGAUCCAAGACACAUCAAAAUCUACUAAAAAUACCCCUCUUUGUAUAGCUUCUAGGUUCAUCCAGUAUGGUUUGUCUUACUCUAGACCAGGAGUUUACUUGCUAUUAAUUAUUACCGAGCUCUUUCUAUAUCGAGCUUUACACAAGAAACUGAACUCAUCUCUAUUCAAGCAUUAUAAGCCAGUUCAGACCAAACUCUUCAGAUUCUUCGUAUCAAGUGUUGCUUUCAAGAUAUUUGUUGUUAUCCAUAGCUCUCUAGGAGCCAUUCUCGGAUCUAAUUUUCAUGGAAUAGACUAUUUUGAAGAUAAAUUUCAGAAUACAUUGUUAUUUAUUUUGGUAUUCGCAAUUUCUAUUCUGAAGGUGAUCUGGUACUUCAUUUACAUCUUUUAUACUGCCAAUAACAUUGACUUUCCAGAAUACCUUAUUAGCAUUCUGAAAGGGCGGAAUCUUGAGAAUAGGUUCUCUGAUGUCAGCAUCUUUGUUAGGGCCUCUGGGACAGUUGUAGAAAAUGAAGAUCAUCAUGAGAGUAGUCUAUUAUCGUCAGGAGAUACAGAAGCACAUGAAGACUUGUUUAGAUCGAAAAGUAAUAGAGAAAGGGAAAUAGUUCAGUAUAAAAGUUAUGCCAAUAUUAAUGAGAAAGAUGACAGUGUCAUAACAACAAGAGAUUCUUUUUAA